AUGUCAAAUAGCAACACAACACAAGAGUCUCUGGAAAUAAUGAAGGAGUCUGAAAAAAAGGUGGUUGAGGAAUCUGUCAACAAAACUAAGUAUGUAUCAAGAUCACCAAGCAAGGAGGAGGUGGAGAAGGAUGGUGGGGAGGAGGUCAGUGUGCGCCAGGAAUCUCAGAGGCGAACUUCAAGUCAUGGACAUGCCAGAAAAAGAGCCAAGUCUAAUUCAAAGCUUAAACUGGUCAGGAGUUUGGCUGUAUGUGAAGAAUCAUCUAGCCCCUUUGUAGAUGGGCUGCUGGAGUCCCAGGACAUCAUUCAGUUGCACAUUAGCUGCCCCUCUGACAAGGAAGAGGAAAAAUCCACAAAAGAUGGGGCUGAGAAAGAAGAAAAAGACAAGAAUAAAGAAAAGGCACCAAGGAAAACGCUGUCUCGAGAUUCCAGCCAGGAAUAUACAGACUCCACUGGAAUAGAUUUGCAUGAAUUUUUAGUAAAUACACUGAAAAAAAACCCACGGGAUAGAAUGAUGCUACUAAAGUUAGAACAGGAGAUUCUGGAAUUUAUUAGUGAUAACAACAAUCAGUUUAAGAAGUUCCCUCAGAUGACCUCAUAUCAUAGGAUGCUGCUGCACCGGGUAGCUGCGUACUUCGGCAUGGACCAUAACGUUGACCAAACUGGGAAGGCGGUCAUUAUCAACAAGACCAGUAACACACGAAUCCCUGAGCAGAGGUUCUCUGAGCACAUCAAAGAUGAGAAGAAUGCAGAGUUCCCGCAGAGGUUUAUCCUAAAACGAGAUGACACCAGCAUGGACCGAGAUGAUAAUCAGACUGGCCAGAAUGGAUAUCUCACCGACAGCAGAAUCUCCAAAGAAGGCUUUUCUUCUAGUUCUCACAAACGGAGGCAGAUUUUUAGGGGCAACCGGGACAGUUUGAACCGGGCCUCGGGCAGCCGCCAGAGCAGCACAGAGAGCGAGAUAAAGUCACUGGAGCCCCGGCCGUGGAGCAGCACAGACUCAGAUGGCUCCAUCCGCAACCUGCGACCACCUGUUACCAAAGCCAGCAGCUUCAGUGGCAUCUCCAUCCUGACACGGGGGGACAGCAUCGGGAGUAGCAAAGGCAGCACUGCCAGCAGAACGUCCCGGGCAGGUUUAGUACUAGGUGCCCCUGAAGCAUGCAGCCAAGCCCCUUCUUCACAGCCCAGCCGUGGCGUCCUACCCUGCACAGCCCAGCAGCCUCAACCGCAGCCACCCCAACAGCCACCACCACAGCCCCAAGGACUUCCACCUGCAGCCCAACAGCAGCCAGCCAUGAGUAACCACAUGAUAUCCCAGGCCGAUGAACUCAGCAACCCCUUUGGGCAGAUCAGCCUCAGCCGACAGGGCUCUACGGAAGCACCGGAUCCUUCCUCGGCUAUGUUCCAGUCAUCCCUCAUCUCCCAGCAUCCCCAGCAGACAGGAUUCAUCAUGGCAACCCCUGGGCAGCCCAUUCCCACCUCCAACUACUCCGCCUCAGGGCACACAGCCCCCACACAGCAGGUGCUGCAGCCCCAGGGCUACAUUCAGCCUCCCCAGCAAAUUCAGGUUUCUUACUACCCUCCCGGGCAGUACCCGAACUCCAGCCAGCAAUACCGAUCUCUCAGUCACCCAGUGGCCUACAGCUCCCAGCGCACUCAGCAGCUCCCCCAGCAGUCCCAGCAUCCUGGUUUACAGCCAGUGAUGUCCAACCAGCAGCAAACAUACCAAGGUGUAAUGGGAGUGCAGCAGGCGCAGCCCCCUGGCCUUCUCAGCAGCCAGAGGAGCAGUAUGGGGAGCCAGAUGCAAGGUCUGAUGGUCCAGUACACUCCACUGCCUUCGUACCAGGUUCCUGUGGCCAGUGAAUCCCAGAGUGUGGUCCAGCAGCCCUUCCAGCAGUCAGUGCUUGUACCAGCCAGCCAGUCUGUUCAGGGGGGGCUUCAGGCUGGAGGGGUGCCCAUCUACUACAGCGUAAUUCCAACUGCUCAGCAGAACGGCACCAGCCCUUCGGUGGGGUUCCUUCAGCCACCUGGCUCUGAACAGUAUCAGAUGCCACAGUCCCCAUCACCCUGCAGCCCGCCACAGAUGCAGCAGCAGUAUUCAGGAGUGUCUCCAUCAGGCCCUGGCGUGGUUGUGAUGCAGCUGAAUGUACCCAAUGGCCCCCAGGCCCCCCAGAAUCCCCCUGUGGUGCAGUGGAGCCACUGUAAGUACUACAGCCUGGACCAGCGGGGGCAGAAGCCAGGAGACCUGUACAACCCAGACACCAGUGCUCAGGCCAGCACCCAGCUGAACAGCCCCAUCACGUCCCCCACCCAAUCCCCGACGCCGUCUCCUGUCACCAACCUCAACAGUGUCUGCACGGGGCUAAGCCCCCUCCCUGUCCUCACACAGUUCCCCCGGCCCAUGGGCCCAGCACAAGGUGAUGGGCGCUACUCAUUGCUGGGCCAGCCGCUGCAGUAUAAUCUGUCUAUCUGUCCCCCACCGCUGCUCCACAACCAGCCCAACUACAAUGCACACCAGGGGCAGACUGGAAUGAAACAUGGAAACCGGAGCAAGAGACAGGCCCUUAAGUCAGCAUCCACUGACCUUGGGACAAGUGAUGUAGUGCUGGGCAGAGUGCUGGAGGUGACAGACCUGCCCGAGGGCAUCACACGGACAGAGGCUGACAAGCUCUUCACCCAGCUCUCCAUGGCUGGUGCCAAAAUCCAGUGGCUCAAAGAGACUCAGGGGCGCCGUGGAGAUGCAGGCGGCGGGGACAACAAUGGGACUCCAGAGAAUGGCAGGCACAGUGACCUUGCUGCCUUAUACACCAUCGUGGCCGUGUUCCCCAGCCCGCUGGCUGCCCAGAAUGCCUCCCUCCGCCUCAACAACUCCCUCAGCCGCUUCAAGCUGCGUGUGGCCAAAAAGAACUACGACUUGCGGGUGCUGGAGCGUGCCAGUUCACAGUAG